AUGGCCGCGGCUCAAGUUUCACAAGCUCCCAUGUUGCAGCCCAAGCCCUCAGCACCCGUCUUGCCUCAAUCAGCACCCCUUUCCCCAGAGCAAAUCGCCAUCAUCAAGGCCACUGCCCCAGUCCUCAAGGAGCAUGGAGUCACUAUCACGACUUUGUUCUACAAGAACAUGAUAGAUGCCAACCCAGAACUCAGGAAUAUCUUCAGCAGCUCCAGCCAAGCCAAUGGCAGACAGCCACGGGCACUAGCCCAGUCCGUGCUUGCCUACGCAACCUAUAUCGACGAUCUACCAAAACUUCAGCAUGCGGUCGAACGCAUUGCGCAAAAGCAUGUGUCUCUUACUAUCCAGCCAGCACAGUAUGACAUUGUUGGCAAGUAUCUGAUGGAGGCUAUUGGCAUUGUGCUUGGGGAUGCCGCUACCCCGGCUAUUGUGGACGCAUGGACGAAUGCCUAUAACAUUCUCGCCAGUGUCUUUAUUGGAAGGGAAGCUGAGCUUUAUCGUGCUCAUGAGAAUUGGACGGGUUUCAGAAAGUUCAAGAUCUUAAGAAAGGAGCGGGAAGCCGACCGCAUCACCAGCUUCUACUUGACGCCUAAGGACGGGCAACCGUUGCCGAAGUUCUUGCCAGGGCAGUAUAUCAGUGUACAGGUGUUUGUCCCAGAACUGGGCCAUCUGCAAAGUCGGCAGUAUAGUCUGAGCGAGGCACCAGAAAAGGAGGGAGCCUACUAUCGCAUCAGCGUCAAGAGAGAGCAUGACGAUGCUGUUGACGUGGAUGGUCUGAUUUCCAACAUGCUACAUGACAAAUUUAAUGUCGGCGACGAGGUCGAGCUCACACACCCCCAAGGCGAGUUCCUCAUUGAUCCAGCCGACCCCACGAAGGAGGGCGUGCCCGCUGUUUUCAUCUCUGCCGGGGUCGGCGCAACGCCACUGUUGUCGAUGCUCGACUCUCUCACACAAUCCUCGAUCUCGGUCCGCCGGCCUGUUUCCUGGCUGCACACUUCACGCUCCAAGGAGAGCUUGCCCUUCGGCGAAGCUGUCCAGCGCAUACAAGAGGGUAACAAGGACCAGGUGUCCACGCAUGUCUUCCUACGCGAGGACCGGGAUGCGCGGUUCGACCUCCUGAAUUUGGAGCACGACAAGGAUUUGUUCACGCACAACAACAAGACUGAGUACUUUAUUUGUGGACCAGAAAGCUUCAUGCUCGAAGUGAGGCAGACAUUGCAGGGCCUUGGCGUGGUACGAGAACGGAUUUUCCUAGAGCUAUUCCAGACCGGAGAUGUUAUUGAUGAUUAA